AUGUUCAACUGUGUUUUUAUGCUAUUAAGCAUUUGGCUCAUUGUAAUCAAUACAUGUACUGGAAUAUCUAGUCCUAUUCAACCAUUUACUACUUAUAAGCAUUCAACGACAUUACAACAAGAUAUAGCUGAUCUUUGGUGGACAGUAGAUGAUGCUGAACAGGAGAUUAUGUUUGAAUUACACAUUAAAAGUACAGGUUGGAUUGCAUUGGGUAUCAGUCCAGCUGGUGGUAUGAAAGGUGCUGAUAUUGCUGUUGGAUGGGUUGACUCUUCUGGCAACGUUUUUCUUCAAGAUCGAUAUGCAACAAGUAAUACAAGGCCAGUGCUCGAUAAUACAACACAAGAUUGGUUUCUUCUUCAAGGCCGUGAAAAAGAUGGAUGGACAGCUAUUCAAUUUAAACGUUUGCUAGACACUUGUGAUUUAAUGGACUUACCAAUAAAAUCUGGUACCAAUACUCUUAUUUUCGCUUAUGGUCUUGUUGAUCUCGAUCCAAAUCGACCAGAAAUUGAUAUUACAUAUCACAACACUCGUCGAAAUACACGAAUUCUUCCACUUCGUUCUUAUGCUGAUCCACCUUCAGAUGAUAAAUUCAUUGGACUUGAUACAUUCGAGUUUCGUUUGAAUAACUAUCUUGUACCGUCAACUGACACUACCUAUCAUUGUAAGAUAUACAAAGCGCCAAGUGGAUAUCCAUUGAAACGUCAUGCAAUUGCUCAUAAAAUAUUAAUCGAUCCACGAAAUGUUGAUCUUGUUCAUCAUUUGGACUUGUAUGAAUGUGAUCCUAUGGCUAUGUUCAAUGAUGAUAAAUUACCGGAUGGCUUAUGUGAUGAAAUAGCCAAUGAAAUAAAAUUAUGUGCAGCAAAUAUGGCUACUGUAUGGGCUGUUGGUGGUGAUGUUCUGAGAGAAUUUCCUGAGGAAGCUGGUUAUGGUAUUGGAGGAGAUUAUGAAACAAAAUAUUAUAUGAUUCAAAUGCAUUAUGAUAAUCCACGAUUAGAUUUAAAUCGUCGUGAUAGUACAGGAAUUCGAUUUUAUCUUGGCAAUGAACUUCGAAAAUAUGAUCUAGGGUUUUUAACAGUAGGCACUGGGUCUAGUCCAACUGCUCUAGCUAUACCACCAAGAGUUGAACGAUUCGUAAUCAAUUCUUAUUGUCCUUCUGAAGCUACUCGCAAUAUUCCUAAAUCGGGUAUUAAUGUUGUUUUUGCAUUACCACAUACACAUCUACAAGCAAUUCAAUAUGUAUUUAAUAGUGAACAAUAUGAUUUUAAUUAUCAAUAUCAAAGUCGAUUACCAAAAUCAAUCAAACUCUAUCCGGGAGAUUCCUUUGCUACGCAAUGUGUUUAUAAUACAAUGAAUAAAAAUAAAACUACUGUAGGUGGUGAAAGUACAAGAGAUGAAAUGUGCUUACAUAUGUUUACUUAUUAUCCUCGUAUGAAUGAUUUAUACGGAUGUGUAACAUUUAAUGAUAAUUCAGCAUGGAAAGAUAUUAUGAAUACAUCUUCAUCAGUUAAUGAUGAACAAUUAAAGAAAUGGCUUUUAAGUCGAACAUGGACAUCUGAAUCGAUUAUUCAAUGGCAAAAUUUUUAUGAUAGAGCUUCCAAAGUUGUUAUGUAUGGUAGAUCGGGACAUUUUAAUUCUCAGAUUCUUCCGAUUUUACCGACAUAUAAAGAUCUUAAACAUGAAACAUGUAAUCGUCAAUGA